AUGGAAGACUUUGAAGAGAACAAUUACGGUAUAAGCUAUUCUUCUAUAGACAAUAAUGAAAUAGACAAUUUAUCUGUGGAUUCUUCUUGUAUCAAUGAUGAUACUAUGGAAGUAAAUGAAACCAGCGAACCAUUACAACCACGUACUAGGUCUUUUGUGUGGAAGUAUUUUGUAAAGGAAAAAAAAACCUCUUAUGCAAGAUGUACUCUUUGUAUCUCUAAAAAAAUAUUAAUAAAAUGUAUUGACGGAUCAACAUCAAGCCAUAGAAAACAUCUCACCAAACAUGUAGGAAAGGUAUCUGAACUGGAUAAAGAAAAGAAGAAGCUGAAUGUUUCUGUUAUCGACAUGCUUCAAAAUCAGCAAACUGUUAAUAAUCGUCCUA